AUGUCACAGAGUAGGGAUGUGAUAGCAGCCAAGAAAGAUAUGUCUGGAAACAGCCUGGAUGACGACCCAGAUGUGCUUUCGCCGGGAACAGCCAAUAUAAAGAAAGACGCAGAAAUCUCGCCAGACAAAUUUGCAGCAAUUGAUAUGCCAAUGAGCGACGAAUCUUGGGCUUCUCAAAAGUCUAUUCCUCCUUCAGGGCGUGCAUCCUCAACCUCUGAUACUGCCCAGAUGAUACGAAGCUCAGCACCACGAAUCGCAUCAUCAAUCGAUAUUCAUUCCAACUCCGACAAUGAUGCUCUGGAACUCUGGGAUUCUGCAUAUGACAUCCUAAAAAAUAGUGAUCGUACUCUUUUAGAAGCAUACGAAAGGAUGUUAGCACCCUAUCUAUCGCUAGAAAAUCUCAAGGGCCAGGUAGAGCGCCGCUCUUCCGUAACCACGCUCCAUGAAGAGGAUCUUGUCCAUCGAUAUCCCUUGGAAAGGAAAAUACAGAUGGAUCGAAUCAUUGAUACCUGGAAGGCGGACGACGGCUGCGCCGUUUUGGCCGAUUCCGAUGUGAGAGUCCAUCUAGGGCUCUAUAUGGAAGGGCCAGCUCGUUCCCUCCGUAACAUUAUGCGACCGAUUCUCGAGAGAUACCGAUACGCGUCAUUGGUUUGGGUACCACUGUGUCUGGCAUUGGAGGCAAGCAUGUGUUCAAGUACAAUACCUGAAGGUAUUCGAUCGGAUAUCGUCGUUAUAGCCUCAAAAAUGGAGUGGUAUAUCGGACUUUCUAGGUUCUUAUUCAGUCCAAGCGACAGCGAUUCCGAUGACCCAGCCCCUCUUGUCAUUGAAUCGCUUAAAGAUUUAUUGAUAAGGCUGUACAAAGCCGUUUUAUUUCAUACGGUUCAGCUAUCGGUGGCUCUUAUACAUCAAAAUGGCCACUCGCCGCAUCAGGCCUCAGCUAAAAGAGUUUUCGAAGAAGAAGAAACUCUUGUGAAAGAACUCAGAGGCCAUAAAAUCCAUACGGAGCUUACUGAAAUAUGUAGUGACGGAUCGAUCCGUGACAUUCGCCGCGUAAUGUACGAAGAGAAAGCCCUUCCAGAAGAUAUUCAAAUUAAGUUGGGGCUGCGGUUAUUUGACUUACCUUUGGAAUUGGAUGGCCAUGAUACCUCCCUGAAUCAGCUCUUGUGCGAUUGGGCGUGGGAUACCAGGGAGUAUCAAAGCCUAUUUGAUGGGCGGCUUGAUGACUCAAGGCAUUGCCGUGUGCUCUGGGUGUCAGGCCCGCCGGGCCUUGGCAAGACAGUGCUUUUAAAGGCAACUAAGGAGAGACUUUUGCAACUCAUGGACACACGACGCGAUAAUGAGAAUUUCAAUGUCAUAUACUUCUUCUGUGAUAGCAGAAGUCAACAGCAGCAUGAUAUUGUAUACCUCAUCAAGCAUCUGAUAUUGCAAAUCCUCCAGCUGCAACCGCAUCUUAAAGGACAUUUGGAGGAAAAACUGACUUCAACGAACCGUAAAGCAUUUGACGAUGAAAACAACUUUUACGCUAUAUCAAUGAUACUAUACAGUAUGCUUGAUGAUUCUGAGUUUAAAUUAACUUAUGUUGUUCUUGAUGCUAUCGAGGAGAUCUGCGCCGACAUGACUCGUCCUAGCGAGACAUUGCAAGACCUGCUAAAACUGAUUAUCAAAACUUCAGAACUAUCACCGCGCCUAAGAUGGGUGGUCUCUAUUGAUCCUGCCAAGGUUGAUAUUACUCUCACGCCAUCAAACGAAUUUACGCAACUCCAACUAGAAAUCGACGAUCCUAGAUACCGCCAUGAUUUGCAGAAGGUAGUCGACAAGUGCAUCUCCUUGAACGUCGCUGAAGUGGCCGAGGCAUUGUCUUUCUCAACCAUAUUUCGGGAACAGAUUACAGCUCUGAUGUUGAAAAUGGCGCCUCGCAAUUUCUUGUGGAUUGAUAUUGCCUGCAGUCUUAUAAAGUCCGACGGCAUACCAUGGCAUGCUCAAAGCAUCAUCGAAAAUUUGCCAAAGGACAUUCCUUUGCUCUAUCAGGAGAUAGACAAUGGGCUUAAGAAGCUUACUGAUUCCGAUCGAAAUUGGUGCUACGACGUCCUAUCUACUACAGCUAUUGCAUUUCGAUCACUUCACAUUUCAGAGCUCAGAAGUCUUAUUAAUUUACCUCCACAUAUUGACCUGGUGACGUUGGUGAAUAAGUUUUGUCCUCAGUUCGUUAGGAUAUCCAAGGGUUACCUUAGCUUCGCACACACAUCAGCCCGCGACUAUAUACAAAAGUGUCUCAUAGCCAGCAACAAAAUGUCAUCGAAACAUUUACUCAUGACCGAGCGUUGCUUAGCGAAAUCCAGCGUCAUAAAGAAAGAAAGUGUGAAUACAUAUGCCAUCAUCAGCUGGAUGUUUCAUCUGUGUGGCAUCAAUGAUGCGACUGACAUGGAUAUCGGAAUCAAGUUGGCGAAUGAGUUUCUCGACGACUCUCUCAUGGAAUGGGUAGAAAUGGUAGCAUCGCUAGGCCUUCUAUCGAGAGUGAUCGUAUUGCUUCAGAGGUUGCAUGAAACUCUCUUUAACGCAAAUAUUGAUUGUUCAAAAUUGAAUGAUUUUGAGCGUUUUCUCAGCAAAACACGAGACAUAAUAUAUUUCCUUGAAUUUCACCAUUCCCUUAACGCCCCUUCAGCGCUCAGCCUUAAAUGCAGCCUUCCAUUUCUGCCUAGCGUAUCAGAAGUGAGACGAAAUUUACUUCCAAAAGCUUUCCCUUGGUUAGAAAUUGCGCCGAGAAUCAAAUCAAAUUCCGAGAUGGCUAUUUACAGUCUUAAGGGCCAUGAAGAUUGGGUACGCUGCUGUGCUUACUCACCAAAUGGUCAACUUAUCGCCUCGGGUGGGGAUGACGGAACGGUGCGUAUAUGGGAUGCUGAGACAGCUAGCUUACAAAACAUAUUCUAUGUGGAUAGCUACGUCUAUCGCAUCCUGUUUACUGACCAAUUCUUGUUCGCCCUCUCCCGCUCUACCAUUCAGAUUUGGGAUGUGUUCACCGGUAAACAUGUGCGGUCUGUAUCGGCCUCGCAUUAUGGCCCUUUGCGAGAUAUUAGCUUCUCUCCAGUCGAACAGACGCUCGUCGCUACAACCAGAGAUCAUGUCCUUAUCUGGGAACUUCCUGUCGAUUUGAGGCUAGGUGUAUGGAUUGAGAAAACUCUAGACCAAGAUACUACCGAUCGGAUGGGCGUGGCCAUGAGUGUGACAUUCAGCCAAGAUGGCUCCUUUUUGGCAUAUUCUUUAUCAUCAAAAAUCAUCAUUUGGGAUCCAAAAAGCGACAAACGACAUCUCUGCCUUGAAGAACAUGAUGAUACAAUCUGUGCGCUCGAAUUCUGGCCAGACUCGAAGCUCCUAGCUUCAGGCUCAGAUGAUGGAACGCUGCGUAUAUGGUCAACAAGUAUCGGGGAGACUCGGUCACUAUGUACUCUCCGCGAAGGUAUGGUGGAUGUUACCUGUCUUUCAGUCUCAUCUGACGGCUUGCGUCUCGCCUCAGGUUCAUCUGACUCAAGCAUCAGUAUCUGGAAAGUGAUUCGCGAAAAUUCCGGACAUGGGCUCUCGUGCAUUUUUGAGCGAAAACUGUCUGGACAUGAUAGGAUGAUCUUUUCGGUGGCUUUUGCUCCACAAAGGCAUAAAUUAGUAUCUUCGUCUAAGGAUCAAACUGUGAGGAUCUGGGAUACUGAUACUACUGAACAAUGGCGUAUGGGGCCUCAUAACCAAGUUGACCAGGCUGACCACCGACAAGCCGUUAAUCAUACAAUUGAAGAGCACACAGAGUCAAUCAACUUCAUCAUAUUUUCUCCGAGGAGAAAUCCUCCUGACAAAGAAAUAUUUGCUUCAGCUUCUGAUAAUCAAAUAUGUUUGUGGAGUGCUGACACAGGAGAACUCAUCACAUCGCUCGGGAAACAUGACGAUGAGAUCCUCUCCCUUGCAUUUUCUCAGAAUGGUGAUACUCUAGUCUCAAGCUCUGAAGAUCGUACAGUCUGCGUUUGGGACGUAGAUAGCUACAAAAUGAGAUGCUGUCUGAAGGGCCAUCAUGAUUGGGUGAGGUGUGCGGAGAUAUCCCCUGAUGGGCACUUUGUGGCAUCAGGAUCAGACGACUGGUCAGUAAGAGUUUGGGAUAUCACGCAGGGCGCCCAUGAAGAACUUGCUAUUGGCACCGAUGCCGAAUCUAGAAUAAACUCUGAUGACGAUUCUGACACUGAGAGCGAGGGGAACGAACAGUUGCCAGCUGUCUCCAAACUCGCUCAGCCCCGUCCUCCCUGCCAGUACAAGCUUUUGCCUUUCACGAUAUUCGACCGCGAAAUCUGGAUGUGGCACCCAAACAACCCUCAUUCCAGCCCGCCUCCCAGCUUCUACACCAAUGACGCUAUCCUCAAAUACGAAACAUUCUCUUGGCAAGAUCGUCUUCUUAUCAGAGCUAGCCAUUGUCGAGUUUAG